AUGGUUGGUUUUGGUGAAAGAAUAAAUUCUGAACCCGAUGUUACUGUAAUAAUGUUAAUGUUUGGUCAUUAUGAACCCAAUACACCAACUUAUGAACCCAAUAAACCAACUUAUGAACCAAAUACACCAACUUAUGAACCCAAUACACCAACUUAUGAACCCAAUACACUAACUUAUGAACCCAAUAAACCAACUUAUGAACCCAAUACACCAACUUAUGAACCCAAUACUCCAUCUUAUGAAUCCAAUACACCAACUUAUGAACCAAAUACACCAACUUAUGAACCCAAUACACCAUCUUAUGAACCAAAUACACCAACUUAUGAACUCAAUACACCAAUUUAUGAACCCAAUACACCAACUUAUGAACGAAAUACAGUAAUUUAUGAACCCAAUACACGAACUUAUGAACGAAAUACAGUCAUUCAUGAACCCAAUACACCAACUUAUGAACGAAAUACAGUAAUUUAUGAACCCAAUACACGAACUUAUGAACGAAAUACAGUCAUUCAUGAACCCAAUACACCAACUUAUGAACGAAAUACAGUAAUUUAUGAACCCAAUACACCAACUUAUGAACCCAAUAAACCAACUUAUGAAUCCAAUACACCAACUUAUGAACCCAAUAUACCAACUUAUGAACUCAAUACACCAUCUUAUGAACCCAAUACACCAACUUAUGAACUCAAUACAGUAAUUUAUGAACUCAAUACACCAACUUAUGAACCCAAUGCACCAACUUAUGAACUAAAUACAGUAAUUUAUGAACUCAAUACACCAAUUUAUGAACGAAAUACACCAACUUAUGAAUCCAAUACACUAACUUAUGAACCCAAUAAGUAG